AUGUCGCGAUUACGGGCUGCCUUCGAGUUCGUAACAGGAUAAACUGGCUCCCGUUACCGCAUCUUCCUGUGCCAGUUUUUUUCGAUGGCGGAAAGUGAGCUGAAGCGUAUUUGCCUGCGACCCAGAACUUGGCCGAGCGGCAGACUCUUGUGCUCGUAACCCACUUGAGCCGUCGCAUGCAAGUGACAUCGUGACAGAUUGUGCAUGCGGGCUCGGUGUGCGAAACCGGUGAAUGGGUGAAACCAUGGAGGAUCAGGAUCUGGCGAUCUUGUGUUUCCAGCACUGCGAGAAGCGUGCCAACGUAUUGUGUCUGCGUUUGCCGAAAUGCUGCCCCAUCUGUGGCCUCGAGCUCGAAGACGCCGAACUACGAGUGCCUCCGUUCAGGAUACCGUAUCCUUUCAGAAACUCGCAGAAAUCUCCUUGCUGUGUCGUCAUCAAGCCGUCGAAAGGCGACUUUCUGCACCUGUAUUCAAGUUCAUUGGACCUGCAUACUGGAGUGACGGACUCUAAAGGUCAAGUUCACGAGUACGACAAGGAAGGGCUCAAAGUUGCCAAGCAGCCCGUCUGGUCGCAGUGCAUUGUUGUGCCUGUCAUCACGGAGGAGGGAACAGCCUGGCAUGAAUUCUGGGAUUACACUUUAUCCGUCACUGAAAGCCAGGAUGCGUGGGACAGCAAGAGGUAUGAUGAAAAGGAGCACAACUGUUACUCUUUUGUGAUAGCGUUCCUGCGAAACCUACAGAUACCGCAGCUGCGGCCGUCGCUGAAGGACAAGCUGACCUUUUCCUCAGAUUUCCUCGUCCCGCAAACGAGGAAUGUUGCCCGGUACAUUGCACUUUACAGAAAGCUCUUGCAAGACGGCACGUACGUCAAGCGGUGCGAGCCAUAUCGAACCCAGACUUAACAGUUGUUCAGUAAAGAUGAGGAGCACAGACGGGAACACGGACGAAAAAAGAGGACUGGGACUUGCAGUGCUCGACCCAUCAUCUUUCUGUGCCCGUAUUCCAAUUUACGGUCCUUUAUCUUUACUGAAUAUACACUAAUGAACCCAGCUAAGUACUGUUGAGAUAACAGUUGUGUAGUGUUAUGUCCAAGUAAUUGUUAUGUUGACUUCUAAGCGUGAGUGAACAAGAGCAACUCAAUUUAGUGAACAUGAACAUCGAAAGUGUGUAACUGCUUAACCAAACAAAAAUCUGAAAACGAUUUAUGAGAUGUAAGAGCUCUGUAUAUAAAAUUCACUACCUUAUAAACUACUUGUAAAUAUCAAAUUGUGAGAGAGUAAUGUUAUUACAUUUACUGUGUUAAAUGGGGAUAAAGAAAAUCAUGGUCUAAGCUUAGUUUUCAUUCCACGCAGAGGUGUAGAGUAAUGUUAAAAUACGUACUGUAUUUUCUUGCAUAUAACCCGCACCCCAAACUUGUAACUGUACAGAAAGAAAAAAAAUGUGCAUAUAAACCCUGCACCCCCACUCUUUAAACAAGUUUUUCUGUUUUUUGAUGCGGGUUAUGUGUGAGAAAAUACGGUAUGUGUGUCUGUACGACUGGAACAUUUCGUCUUGUUUCAUGUCUAAAGAAAUCCCAACUAUGCUGUUGCUUGAUGUCUGAAGCAUAGUGGGUCUGGGCUUGUCCUUAAGUCAUUGUUGUACGGUGAUUUUUAUUUUUGUGCCGCAUCUAUUUUUGCAUACGUAGGUUGAAUCUGUUUGUGCUUUGGUGAUAAGACACAGCUCUUGUUUGACAUUGCAUAGUUACAAAAUUACGUGUAGUGUCGAAACAAGGCUCCCGGUGAUUACGUUGCAUUCACAUGGGCAUGAGUUCUCAAACUGCUGAUCUAUUCUUACCUCCCGGUGUGUUUACAUUUUAUUUAUAUACUAGCAUCGCAUCCUUUUAGAAGCUUGUUUGUUGCUACCUUUAUUAUCGCAAUAUUUUCUGGACCAUAGUAUACACCUGGUGUAUAGUACAUGAAGGCUGAUUAAGGCAUAAGAUAAACUGCUUUUUUUAGAUAUGUGGCAUCCGGUGUAUAGUUCACAAAGACGAACUCCAGUUAAAAAUGCCUUUUUUUUGUUCCUUUAGCUUUUGCACAUGCUUUGCUACACUGAGCUUGAAGCAGGCUCUUUAUGUAUCUUCAGUAGCACUCGCUCACGCGCCACAUGCUGCCAAAAUGAACUGGAAAAUAAUGCAUUGCUAGUGUCAGCAACUGUCAUUGUGAAGCUCGUUUUAUUAAGUGAUAGUCUAUGGGAAACAUUUGCAGGUGAAAUCUGGCAUCAUUUUCUCCUAAUGUGCUUUGGUUUAAAAAAAAAAAAAGCCGGGCGCAGCUUGCACUAGUGGCGCAAGGCUAAAGUCACAGUGGGUCUGAUCGGUUCCUAGCUGUUCCUGGUCAUACGAAGUGAUGCCAAGUUACACGAAGUGAUGCUAAGUGAUGCCACGUUAUACGAAGUAAUGCCAAGUGAUGCCAGGCUCCAGUCGAGUCCAGCACAGCCGCCUCUUGCCGUUUCGGCCGUACUCUGUCGUGGACUUCGUUAAACUGAGUUGAGUCUAGCAGUCUUGCUUGGCAGCAUGCUGCCAUUCCCGGUAAAUGGUUUCCUAAUCGGCAGUGGGGACUGUCUUCAGUCUCUCUCUCCUUGUCUGUGUCCAGCGCCAUGCACCACUGCCACACGCUGGCUUUAUACAGUAUGAAGAAGCGCAUGCGCAGUUGAGUUGGCUGUGACGUCACGUCUGUCGUGACAGAGUGGUUGCACGCAAUGUCCAGGUAGGUGGGCUGGUGGCGGAGCAGUGUAUGGGCUAGCAAAACAGGCGCGCAGCUGUGCAGCUGGUUGCUAGGCAAUGAGGGGUGACGUCAUCAUGGCACGGAGUUCUUUGUUUGGGUUGGACAGAUUACAGCCGGCUUAAACUGCUCCUUUGUUAAAAAGAAAAUGUGGCAUAGUCUGAUUGUACAUAUAACCUGCCCCCUGCAAAAUUUCAUUAUUCAAACUUAUAUAGCCUGUGGACUGUAGUUAAGAAAAUGCAGCGGUUCAUCCUUGUGUUGAGUGGCAGUACCUCUUUGAUAAACACAUUUCAUUUUGGCCUAUUUGAAAUUAUGUGUCGCAUACACUGCCUCAUGCAUGACGUGAUCUCGAAACCUGAAUGUCCUUCUUUUAAAUGCUUUUUGAGGGGUGAUGGAUAGUGUUUAUAAAUGAUUAACUUUUGCAUACUGAGGCUAUGCCUAAACUUUUGGAGAUACUGUUGUGGCUUAUACCACACUAAUCUCAUGACCGGUGGUUCUAUAACAUGCUGCCAAGUUGAUGGGUGUUUCUGUACUUUGUUACAGUGAGAUUGAGGUUCCUGAAUUCUGUAAGCAUUCAUGCUAAAGAUAUUCAGUUAUUACAUGUGCACACAAUGUGCUCAACAUUGAACAUCUUUCAUAGUCAGUAUCAGUAGAAGAACAGUAGUUAAGGAUGCUUCUAUUCACAUAAUUAAGGAAGUUUAUGUAAAGUUAAAACCAUUCUUAUUAUAGAGGCAACAGUAAUGUGAGACAGCCAUAUUUUAUUGGUGACAGUUCUCCUAGUUAAUGAAAAUUUGGAUGUUUGUACCAUUCAGAACAAUAUUACUAACAUACCAAAGUUAAAAGUACAGUGUUCAUGUAUUGAAGUGCGGCAACUUAGGGCUAAGUAGUGCCCAUAUUAUUGUUUCCACUGUCUUCAGUUCGUGUCAUAUCUUUGUAAAUUCGACCCAAACAGUUACAUCAGAGUCAACAUUACCUUUCAUUGCCAGGUUUGUAGCAAUAUGACGCUGUUAUCUCGAGCAGUUGCACAUAGCAGUCGUUAGAUUACUAGAGACUGGAUUCACAGAAAAUGCACUGGAAUCUAUGCUGCCACUCUUGCUCUAACUAGGGAUGAACGAAUAGUAAACUUAAGGUUCGAAGCAAAUUCAAAGCAAAUAGCGAUUUGGUCGAAUAGUUAGAAUAGUAUAUAUUAUAUUAUUAAGGAAAAUGAGCAUUUUGUGAUGACCCAACUAACUUGAACAAUAUUUUUAAGAAUUGGAACUAGGCAUGUGUGAAUUUUACUUUUUUGAUUCAAAGUGAAGUGGAAAUAACUUCGAAUAGUAGCAAGAUUUUUAUAGCAGUAGGGUGCAAGUUAUAACUGGUACAAUGUUACGUUUUAAACUACACACGUUACAUUGUUACGUUUUAAAACUUACUUUACCCAGUGUGUAUAAGCCCGUACAACACACUUCUAAACUUAAAAAAAUAAUUGAUUGAGGUGAGUGCAAUAUGUAUAGUCGCGCUCAAUAUGACUUGUAACGCGGGAGCGCGUGGCCUCAUGAGUUCAAAGGUUCCGUAUGGCUUCAACUUGUAUUCAUUUCAACAACUAAAUGAGAUUUUCUUAUUUGGGCUCAUCUCCAAGUGAGAGAAUAGCAUUUAGUUAUGGAAAUAAGGGCAAGUGGAAGCCAUGCGCAGUCUUUGAACUCGUGAGACCACGCGCUCCUGUGUUGCAAGUCAUAUUGAGCGUGACUGUACAUUUAACCUUGAAGUGUGGCUUCACAGCAGUGUGGAUCACCCCUGGAUGGGUAGAUGACUACUGGAUGGGGGGUGGGGGGGGCAGUGAAAAAAACUUUGCAGAAGCUUAUAUGCGCUCAAAUAUACAUAUAUUCGUUCAUUUCAAAUUAUCUAAAUUUGUGUUGAAGCGAAUUUGAAUACUGUAAUAUUUGUUCGCAUAUUCGAAGUGCCCGAAUAUUCGCCCAUCCCUAGCUCUAACACAUUUUAUGGACAUUGUUACAUUUUUUAAUGUCCUAUAACAAGCAUAUGUGACGAAUUUGUAACUGGGCUACUUUCUUUAAUGUUCUUCUUUCAAAAUUCUUUCUGUAUAAAUGCAUAUGGUGGUUUUAAAACUUACUUUACUUAGUGUGCGGGGCAAGAAGAACUGCAUAUUUACUGCACAGUUUGUGCGUUGUACAUACCUAUUGCACGUUAAUGGAAAGACAGAAAUAUAACUGUUAGCAAAGUACAUUUAAGAGAAAUACUGAUUACAUACUGAACUUAAAAAGCUGCGAAUUUUGUAUUUUUUAAAAAUAAUUCAUAUUACACAAUAUUCUUGCUGGGAAAGUUGUGUCCUUUAGUGUAUUUGUUUGAACACAUAAAUCACUUUUACGCAUAUAUUGUUCAAAGGAGUUGAGUGUGCAUUUCUGUUGACACUUAUAUGUUGAGACAGUGAAAUAUGUUCAGCCGGUUGGUUGUUGCAUUUAGUGUCCAUUUUCUUGUGUAUUUCUUGUGUGAAUUGAAAAAGGUAUGUGCACGUUUGCUAAGUUCUUGUGCUAAGAUGAGGUAGUUAUGCUAAACAUGCCUAACUAUUUUAUGACAUGCAGUAUCUUGUCUAAUCAUGGCUUUUACUUGAAAAGAAAGUCCUUAGUAAUCACUGAUAUGUUAGUUUCACAAAAUCCCGGUUCGUAACAUGCAAAUGGUUGUGGUGUCGUUUCAUACAUUUUCGUGUGAUGUAUAUAGCAAAGCAUCAUGUUCCCACCUAUAUUUUUGACAGGCAAGAUGUUGUAAAGCACGCCUUCACAUUCGAAGACGUUUGCAGUCAAUAAAAUACAGUAUUUUCUUAUUGUACUGCA